AUGGCGCCAAGCAACGAGGCCAUCGAGGAGCGCAUGGCCCGCAUCGCCACCUCCCACUCCAACUUCUGCCGCAGCCUCAGGCACAACCUGGCGUGGCUCGCGGCGACCGGGCUCCGCAUCGCCGCCCACUGCGAGCGGCCCCGGCCGGGCAUCGACCUCGACGACCACGCCGCCGAGCUCCUCGAGCGCGCCCAGCGCGUCGACGUCGUCACCGGCCGCGAGGGCAUGGCCAACCACCUCGUGGCCUGCAACAGCGUCAUCUCGCCGCUCUGGGCGCCCGGCGAGAACCACGCGCAGCGGCUGCGCGGCUCCUGCCUGAGGCUGGUCUGGCGCGCCGAACGCGCCAUGGACCGCUACGACGAGGCCAGGGCGUACCGCGGCGAGCUCGUCUGCAUCUCCCGCGAGAUUGCGGAGCUGAUGCCCGUCGUCAGGGCCAUGGAGGUGCGGCUCCACGCCGUGUGCCGCGAGGUCGACCGCUGCGUCGGGCUGUCCCGGGGUUUCUGCAUAAGGAGGGCCGGCAACGGCCUGGGCAGUUAUUCCACGCGGCUGGCAUUGCUCCACGAUCGGGCCAAGGCGGAGCUGGAGUUGGAGCUCCCACAUCAAUCUUAG